UAUAUAUUACUAAAAAUAUUCAAGUUAAAAAUAUAAAUAAAAAAAAAAUUAAAUAAUAUAGAAUAAUAUAUAAUUAUAUAAAAAAGAAAAUCUAUUUGUAACAUAUAAAAGACUAAUGAAAAAUAUGCAGUAAUAUCAUUAUUACUUAGUAAUUGCUAAUAAAAAAAAUGUUUACAACAAUUUAUAAAAUAAUUCUUGUUUUAUUUUUUGUAUGGGCAUGGACCAAUAAUAGUAAAGAUCACUUAGAAAAUAUAUUUAGCACACAAUAUGGUAGAUCACUGGCUGAACCUGAUAUUUUACAUAACGAGGAGAAUGCUCAAUCUAAUGUAGUAGAUUAUAACCAAAGUUCUGAAUAUAUUAAAAAUGAAGAAAAUUCUACAAAUAAAAGCGAUGAAGAAACCUUGCAAAUUGAUAAAUAUAACGAUAAAAAUUCAAUGUAUUUAUCCAAUAUGAAGCAAGAAUUAAUUAAAUUAUUAUCGGACCAAAAUGAUUCCAAAAUAACAAAUAUAUUGCAAAAUAAUUCAAACAUACAAAAAACAGAUUUACUACAUAUAUAUGAUCUUAUUAAACAUUUUAUUUCUGGUGAGAAAUAUUUACAAAUUAUAAAUAAAAGUUGUGAAUUAGCAACUAAAAAACAAUUUAAUCGUAAUACAAAUGCUGAAAAAUAUUACAACUCACUAUUAUACUUAUUGAAUACAUAUUUCUAUCUUGCUGAGAAUGAAAUAAAUUUUAAAAGACUGUCUAUGAAAUUACGUAAUGAUGGUUAUGAACGACCCAAAUUUAAAUCAAGUAAUUAUUUUAAUAUAUCUAAACUUUACAAAAGAAUAAAUAAACAAUUUAAAAUUAUGUUACUUAAACAAAUGAUAAAACAGGAAUUAGAUCCAACUGUUCAAUUGACUUAUAAAAAACGUUUUGAGCUACUUAGUUAUGGAUUUUUUUACCCACUAUCACUAUUUGUAAUUUCAAUUUUUACCUUACCAGUCUGGUCAAUUGGUCUUACGUUUACACUAAUAGGGAUGCUUCUUUACAUAUGUGUACAUUCUAAUUAUAAAAUAAUCAGAGAUGUACAUUUUGUAAAGCAAAUUAUGAAAAAAUCAAAACUAUUAGAUCAAAAAUAUUUGAAUUAAUUUGUACCUCAAAUUAUAACACAAAAAAAUAGUUACAAAAAAAACAAACAUUAUUGUUUUUCAUUUGAAUAUGUUGUUUUUUUUAUAUUUAUUUAUUCAUUUAUUUAUUUAUCUUUUUUUUUUUUUUUAUGUCCCAUUUAGUAAUAAACACAACAUUCGAUUAACACAUAUUAAACACUAAUACUAAUACAUACCUAUCUUGUUUAAACUUUUGUAAUAUUCAAACGAAUAUAAAUUUAAUUAUUCCAUACCACAAAAAAAAAAAAAAAA